AUGACGGACCCAGCCCCUUUACUCUAUGAUUCUCUUGCCAAUGGUGAUGUGCUAUCCGUUGACCUUCAAUUGAGUGCCGGUUGCGACGUGCACUUGAAAGUGGAGAGAAUCAGGGGCUAUUCCAGCUCGGAGUCGCCACCCCUUUUCAUUGCGGUUGCCCAUGGACAUGUUGCCCUCGUCCAGCUUUUGCUGGAUAAAGGAGCAGAGGCAUUCGACCCCAACAGCGACGAUUUCCCCACAGCGUUACACCUGCUCGGUGCAUUCAGCCUGGAUGCCUUCACAGAUGCGUAUCGUCAAAUCGCCCGUUUGAUUCUCGAAACGGACAGUGCGCAUAUCGAGACGCUAUCGCAAGAGGGCCAGACUCCGUUAGAUGUUACGGCAAGACACGGCAACCUGGAUUUUAUGAAGAUGCUUCUCGAGUUUGGCGCCCAAAUUGAAGGCAAUGUAUCGCCGCUAUCGGAGGCCGCUGGAGGGGGCCAUAUGCCUGUUGUGCAGUUCUUGCUCGAUCAAGGAGUCAGGACCGAUAGAUUUCCAAUACAUAACGCAUGUUGUGGUGGCCAUGUUGACAUCGUGCGUCUCCUUACCACGUAUGGUCUCGAUGAAGGGAUCGGGCCAUUACACAUGGCUGCGGCGAUAGGGCACGCGGAUGUCGUUCAGUUUCUCUUAGACAAUGGGACAGUCGCGGAAGCUACUGUCGAAGACCACCAAACAGCGCUACAUGUUGCAGCAACCGCUUCAAUAGCACGCAUCCUCAUCGACAGCGGAUACAAUCCGAACGCACGGGACUCAAAAGGCGCCACGCCACUCUUUAGAACGUGCGCUGUGUUCAGACCGUCUCCAGAGGCUUCACGAGAGAUAACCGCUGCACUGCUAAAUGCCGGAGCAAAUGUCAACGUGCAGAACAAUGCAGGAGAAACAUCACUAUGGACUCACAUAAACGAGAUGCGUUUCUACGAUUUCCUGGACGAGUCCGCUAUCGCCAACAUCGAGAAGCAUUUCGGGGACGCACCUUACCUGAAAUGGGCCUAUAAGCCCGCACUUAUGGCAUGUCGUAAGAACAACAACCAGCGCCUUUCUUGCCCACCGCUUGAAAUUAUAGCGCUACUUCUUGGCGCAGGCAUCGACAUAGGUCUCAGAGAUCAGAGGGGUCAAACGGCCAUGCACCAGAUUGUCUGUGACAGAAGUCAGCUACCCGUCCAAGGGUAUCUCGAAUGUUUCAAACUACUUAUAAAGCACGGCGCAGAUCGUUCCGUUGCGGACGUACAGGGCCUGACAAUUCUUCAUCAAGCUGCAGCAGCGGGCGAUUACCCCCUUGUGGAGAUGCUCAUAGAUGCCGGCGUCGACGUUAAUGCCCGCAAAACGAACGGGCAAACCCCCCUUUUCGAGGCUGUUGCUGCUGCUUGGUCUACCCGUAGCCAAGCAGAGGUUCUAACUUUGCGGAUACUGCUUGACAAUGGAACAGAUGUUGCUGCGGUUGCUGACGAUGGCUGGACGGCUUUGCACGAAGCGGUUUCGAACAAGAGACGGCCGGGACGAUUCGAGGCUGAGGCCGUUGCGUUACUACUCGAGCGCGGGGCUGAUGCGGCUGCGCGAGAUGCGGAAGGAAGGACCGUAAUGGAUAUCGCCGCGAAGGAAGGAGACACCUCCAUAACAAAGGCGCUUCUUGCUUCGGGGGCCUCGUUGUGA